GGGACAUCACUGCGUUAUGAAUGUAAUUGCACUUCUUUAGAGCUUUAAAGUGGAAAUUAAAAAAAGAGAAAGGUAUCACUGUAAACCUUGCAUGUGGCCUAAAUUAUUAUUCCAGCAUGACUGCAGUUCUAUCAAAAUAGAUAUGUCUGUAUGGAGUUUAAUCUCCAGCAGAGGUCGCAGUGUAGCGUUCAUAAGCAAAGCGACUGAAGGAAACGUGUUCAAAUGGGUCGUAAGCAACACUUCACUUUUGUUAUGCAGAUAGUUUAUUCUGAGAUAUACAGGCUUCAAACGCCUUGCCUAUAGACGGUCGUUUAGACCCUCGUGUCAGUACAGUAGAAGUGAAAGUUUUCAGUAGUGCAAAGGUUUGUGCAAACUGAUAACGGUUAUCACUAAAACACUUAAGUUUACUUAAAAGGUAAUGUUUUCUGCCAAAGAAAUCUGAUUCUGGUUGGCAACCUCGUCUCGUGAAGCUCCCCUCCUCUUUGGUGCCUACACACGCGUACACAUGCACACACUCGCGCGCGCGCUCUUUAACUAAGGGGACGGGCGAUGAGUGACAGGCCGCGCAGUAGCAGCAGAGGCGAUGUAGACUAUCCUACUGUACACACUAAUGCGAUUUAGCCACUCAGUCCUGGAUAAACAGCGAGACAGACUUUCUCACAGCUUUACACACUUUGAUGAGCCGUUUGACUGAUGACAUUGCCCCCCCUCUCCUGAUACAAGAGGACACACUGUAUGGAAGCAGCCGCAUGACCGAGUCUCUUGCCGUCGCGUGCACGACGAGCCGACUUUUCCGUGGAGGGACAGGAGAGCAAAAAAAAAAACCCUCGCCGCGAGCUAGUUGUGAAUGAAUGAAGCCAGUGCAGGACUGACAGAGCGCAAUGGAGAGCGAGGCUCCGAGCUGCGAGGACGUGCGGAAGAGCGGAUACCUCCGCAAGCAGAAGUCCAUGCACCGGCGCUACUUCGUGCUGCGCGCGGCCUCGGAGCGUGGUCCGGCCCGCCUGGAGUACUACGAGAGCGAGAAGAAGUUCCGCAGCGGGAAAGCAGCGGCGCCCAAGCGGGCCCUCGCGCUCGAGACGUGCUUCAACAUCAACAAGCGCGCCGACGCCAAGCACAAGCACAUGAUCGUGCUGUACACCCGCGCCGAGAGCUUCGCCGUGGCCGCAGAGAGCGAGGCGGACCAGGACGAGUGGUACCACGCACUGCUCGAGCUGCACUGCAAGAGUAAAGCACUGUGCGAUGGUAAUUCUGGAGAUUAUGGUGUACCAUCCCCUGGGCCUGCGUUUAAGGAGGUCUGGCAAGUUAAAGUUUGGCCAAAAGGUCUUGGGCAAGCUAAAAACCUAGUGGGUAUAUACCGACUCUGCCUAACAGAGAAGACAGUCAACUUUGUCAAGCUCAACUCAGAUGCAGCAGCUGUAGUAUUACAGCUAAUGAAUGUGAGACGUUGUGGCCACUCUGAAAAUUUCUUCUUUGUGGAGGUUGGCAGAUCGGCAGUGACUGGCCCUGGAGAGUUCUGGAUGCAGGUAGAGGAUUCAGUUGUGGCACAGAACAUGCAUGAGACACUACUUGAAGCCAUGAAGGCCCUAAGUGAGGAGUUUCGCCAGCGCAGUAAGUCACAGUCUACUACAGCAGGUGGAGGGGGUGGUGCAACUGCAUCUAAUCCAAUCAGUGUUCCAUCUCGUCGUCACCACCCAAAUCCCCCACCUAGCCAAGUGGGAUUCAUCAGACGACCUCGCACAGAGCCACCAGGAGCUACUGGAGGAGGUGGCACCAGCAACAAUGCUUCCCCUACACCUCGACAUGGGUUUGCCAGAGCCUGUAACUCCAGUGAUGGAGCAAAAGUAGAGGAGGGCAUGAAUGCAGGGACAAAGGGUGUUAAUUCCAGUUCAAGUCCCACCACAAAUGGGUCCUGUUCUAACACGCCAAUUCUCAGGUCUACAUCUGUACGUGCUCCCACACCAGUCAAGUCACAGCAUGCUCUGUUGAGGUCCAUCUCAACUCCAGCCCCUUCACAAGCUCAGAACCUCUCCCCCUACCCAGGCAAUGGAUCUGAAUUUGGGGCCACAGGUUCUGGGAACACUGCAGCUGGCGGGGAUGGAAAUGGAAGCACUUACAAUCGAACGCCUCUCCGCCAGGCCUCGGUUUCUGGUUCACUCAGUGACUAUGGUUCUUCAGAUGAAUAUGGUUCCAGCCCAGGUGAGCAUUCUUUGUUGACUUCAAACAUUCAGGCAGGGUCUGUAGGUAGCUCAUGUGGGGAUGAAGCCUCCAACUAUAUCCUUAUGGCACAGAAAGGGGCAUCCAAUUCAUUUCCAACUGACAACUCUCUGCCUCCGACUAGAAGGGUGUUGCGACGCUCUUCGGAUCGUGAAUGUGACACUGAACGCAGGAUGACCAGUAAAAGGGCGUCUCUGCCACCCAUGGCUCUAGAGAGGCUUGGCACUUACCGCAGAGGAGGAGAUGUAGAGAUUGAGGAAGACAACUAUGCUAUAAUGUCUCGAAGUACCAGCCGUGAGUCUUUCAGCUCACGCCAGGAUUCAGAAUCAACUGUUAGUGGAACCAGAUAUCUGGAUGUAGCUGCAGAGUCCAAAGCUGAAGCAGGAAGCUGUGGAUCAGAUGGAUUGACUAUUGGUAAGGUAGGGGGUGACAAUGGAUACAUGUCCAUGUUGCCAGGGGUAACGGCUCCUCCAGUGUCCCUCUCUCACUCGCUAUCUGUAGCAGUGUCAGACUCUAAACCUGCAGAUGACUACAUGUCUAUGACUCCCAACAAUAGUAUCUCACUUCCUCAGCAAAUCCAUCUUCCUACUUCUACCACAGAUGGCUAUAUGAUGAUGUCGCCAAAUAGCAGCUGUUCCCCAGAUCAGCGUGUGUUUUCAGGAGCCUCGGUUGGCAGGAACAGUGCAGACAGUAGGCCUGGCAGCGAUUAUAUGAACAUGUCACCUAUCAGUGUGCGUGCCAACAGCACUCCAUCUCCUCAAGAAUCUCUUAAAGUAUCUGCAAAGCAUCCUCAACAACCUCCUCCCAAAAUGGUAUAUUCUUACUAUUCCCUACCCCGUUCUUAUAAACACAGCAGCCCUAAACACUUUGAGGAUGGUUCAGGAAGAGGAAAGUGCUUAGGCAGUGAAUAUGGAAAUGGUGGAGGUCAAGGUCUUGGCAGUUGUAGGGGUACAUCUCAUUAUCAAGAACCUGGAGUUGGAAGGCACUUGUCUUUUUCCUCCUCAUCGUACUCAUCCAGCUCAGCUAGCAAUGAAAGUCUGGGGGAGUGUGAAGAAAAGCUCACCCAGGUGAGAAGGACAGCUGCAGGGGCUAAAGUAAAGGAUAGUGGGGCUCUGCAGCAGAGAUUGGGGUCUGGGUCAGCUAAACAUGCACAGGGCCAGAGGAAUCGUCCUCUUAGUUUGUUUGUGGAUGUCUCUAAAGCCAAUACCUUACCAAGGGUCCGUGAGACACCAGCCCCACCUGAGCCUAAAAGUCCUGGUGAGUAUGUCAGUAUAGAGUUCAAGGGUGAGAGAAGCAUCAGAGAAGUCAGAGAAGUAGUUACAGUACCUAGGCAGAGUAGUUCCAUUCAUGCCAGCUCACAACGCCCCUUGCCUAGGCCCUCUUCCUGUGUUGCUGGGUUCUUACCUCAUCCCUGCAGCACCUCUUCUGCUGUCCCUCCAUCUGUUGCUUCAGAAUAUGUCAACAUGGAGCUAGGAGCCUCCCCUUCACAAUCAUCCUUCUCCCUCACUCCUCUUGGUUUCCCUUCUUUUCCCACUCCUCCAAUGCCACCUACAUCAGCACCCAAAGCCUGGGGUGAGCAAAGCUCAACACCACAAAAUGAAGAAGAGGCUGAGGUGGAAAUGGUACAUAGUGGACAUCGACCUCUUUCAGCAUCUCAGUCACUUGACUCUCCUAUAGCAUGUGCAGACUACACAGAAAUGGUCUUUGGAUUGAGCUCAGACACGACCACCAUCUCGACAACACCUAAAGAAUCAAUGCUGGACAGACAAGAAGCCAUUGGUCCCACACUAAGCCUGGGUCUUAAUUUAGAUUUUCCAAUGUCCAAAGCCCCAAAUCCAGAUCAUGGUGCUAAGGUAAUAAGGGCAGACCCUCAAGCUCGCCGGCGCCACUGUUCUGAAACGUUCCUGGCACCUUCUUCAUUGUCCUCAUGCCCCAUAAGUUCCUCCUCUUCCAUGUGCAUGAUCAGUGAGCACACCCAAGCCAUAGCACGGCGACUUGGUUUGGAUGGCAUUUUGAGUGGCAGUGGAAACUUGCUAGAUAGCCCAAAUCAGCAUGCUAACCAUGGAUUAACUAACAUAAAUACUACCCAGACCUCAUCUACAGAGCCAGGGCUCAACUACAUAGACCUAGACUUGGCUACAAGAGAGAGCUCACAUCUUGUUGUUGAUGUUCAGACUACUGGCCAAACAGCAGCUCGGCUCUUUUCAUCUGUUUUGGGUAGUGGAGCAUCUGGAGGUCCUGGAGGAACAGGAGGUCUGAGCAGCAACGCUUCAAAUCUCAACACAUAUGCUAGUAUUGACUUCUACAAGUCAGAGGAGCUACGUUCACACCAAGGCAGCAACAGCAGCAAAGACAGUACAGAAUGUUGAAGUAUUGUCCUGGUCCUCUGGAAUACUGAGGAAUGAAGUCCCAGAGUUUUCCUGCUCACACAGUGUGUGACAAUUUGACUCUUGGAAAACAAACAGGCAGAGAGAUGUGUGUGUGUGUGUGCGUGUGCAUGUGUGUGCGUGUGCGCCUGUGCACAAGGUCCAGCCGCCUCUUUGGCACUUCGGAAAAAGACUGAUAAACAGAGAUUUCAUCUCUGUUUUUAGUUUGACUUAUUGCAGCAAUCAGUACGAGUGAGUGCCAAAAGAACUCUCCUUGCUGCCCAGAUUGGUUUUGUAACAAAUAAAAACCGCAACCAAUCAGAAGACAGAAUGAAAAACGCCUGCCGAGCGAGAGCCAAUGAGGUCCGGCAAUCGAGCGCGUGAACAGUUUGGCAAAAGGAUUCAGUCAAACAACGGAACUUGAGGAUCACGAUUCUUGAAUUAUGAAGAAAAAAAAAGUGCCUAUUGUUUUGAUUGUGGUUAUUUGAAAGAAGACUUUCAGAUGGAUUUUGACUGAAGAACUGCUGGGAAGGCAAAAUCACCAAGAAAAAGAUGUGAUACUACAGUGUGAAUAGUUCAGAUGAUGGUGAUGCUGUAUGAGUCUUUGCUGUGAUGUUUAGUUCAUUAGUAUAGCAGCUUUACCAUAAGCUUCAGUACUCAGUCUC